CUGGUGCUCGGCGCACGCUUCUUCCGCACCGUCCUGGCCAGCGAGCCCAUCUCGCGCUACAUCGUCGGCGAGUACCUGCCCGGCGCGGGCGUGCAGAGCGACGACGACUGGCGCGCCUACAUCCGCGCCAACGCCAUCGGCGUCUAUCACCCGGCCGGCACCUGCAAGAUGGGCAACGACCCCAUGGCGGUGGUCGACGACGGCCUCAAGGUGCACGGGCUUGACGGCCUCUAUGUGGCCGACGCCUCGAUCAUGCCGACCGUCGUCAGCGCCAACCUCAACGCCACCUGCAUCAUGAUCGGCGAGCGCGCAGCGGAGAUGAUCCGCCCGCCGCCUGAACGGUGUCAGAGCGUUUCCGUUUGA